UUAACUUGCAAGCUUCCCUUAAAAUGCGCGUAAAAAUGUCUUCAACUUUAAUUCCAAUUUUGAUAUUGAUAUUUAUCCCAUCAUUUAUUACAACGGGGUUCAAUUACAGUAGUGAGUACAGUGAUACAGAUAAGUGUCCCAAGGCAGAGUUUAUAGCCGGUCAACUUGGCGUGGUAAAUGUCCUCGGAUUUUUAGAUCCAACUCAGCCAUCGAACAACGAACAAUUGAAUAUUCGUAAAAACUUUAACGGCUCGAAAGAUCAAGUUUUGGUGAUAGACCGGUGUGGGUACUUGGCCUAUCAAAUUGUACUCCCCUGGAGCAUUCUCCAUUUUCCUUACGUCAAAGCCGCCAUCUUGUCGACGCACAAAGACGAUCCUUGUGGGCCUUGCGAUACUUAUGCGACUGAUGUAGUCGAGUUGGAUGAGAUUGAAACUUGUACUUUAACUUAUUCUAUUCCAGCUACCUCAGAAGUGACUGAGGCAACUGGAGCAUAUGUGACUUAUUCUGAAGAAAAGGUUUUACCAGACUUGAAGAUAAUUAUGCACGCGCCUCAUUAUCACAUGAGUGGAGACGCGACUAAAAAACACGAGUACCUAGUUCUGGAGCACUCCAAGCCGGAUUUUCAUGGACACUUGGAUGUUCCAGACUCAUCAACGGAUGAAAGAAGUGGUAAAUUAGGAGAUGGAUUGAUUAUUUCUGACAGCACUGUUUAUGAGCGCGAUCAAGGUCCAGGUUUUUUUGGAGAAGUUGCUGAUAUUUGGAGAAAUUCGGUGAAUUUUGAUCAGCAAGUCGAUGAGGAUGAAGAAGAUGAAGAAGAUGAAGAAGAGUUGAGUGAAAAGUUGCAAAUUAGUCAGUCUACUGAGGCCAAUGGUCAAGAUGUCAAUGAUAAUGAAGAAGAAAUAAAGAGUAAGUUAAUCGCGCAUUACAGUAAAUUGGUGCCCUGGAUUUAUUAUAUUCUUGAAAAA